AUGAUUCAUUACUGUCAACUCUCCAGUAAUUCAACAUCCCAUCCCUAUCUUAUCAUGUCUAGACGAGCAGAAAUCAAACAAAAACAAGAACUUCAGGCACGAUUCCAAUUAGCCAUGUCUGCUAAUAAUCAAAAGGCAUUAAAUUGGCUAAAACCAUUGAAAUCUACUGCUUCCACCACAUCAACAUCAUCAGAAACCCCCAAUGCGAAUAAUCCCACUUCUGAUGAUUCAUUUAUGGAUUUACAAAUUAUUCCUCAAGGUGCAAGUCUAUCGAAAUUGGACAAUUUACAAAAAAUUGGGGAUUUUAUAAAUUCAAAAGAUAUAACAAAAAUGAAACAAUCAACAACAACAACAACAACAACUGCUUCGAAUUUAACAUCCAAUAGGGUAACUAAAUCAAAACCAAUGUUGGCAUUAAUGAAUAAAAUGAGAGACAGUAAUAGGAAAAAUGUUCGACAAAACCAACAUCAUCAUCAACAACAACAACAAUCAACAUCAAGUAUAAAUGGAAAGAGCAAUAAACCAAUGAUACCGAAUAAAUCACAGUCUAUAGUAAAAAACUACAAUAAUGAAGAAGAGGAUGAUGAUGAUGACGAAGAGGAUGAUGAUGACGAAGAGGAUGACGAAGACAGUCGAGCUAUAAGGUCUAGAACUGUGAAAAAGGGGUCAAGUUUAUUACUUGAGAAUAAAUUGAAUAAUAAGAAUAGUGGUACGAAAAAGAAAAAUGUACGUCCAUUUUAA